ACAGUGGAGACGCAAAUCGUGUGUGUGUGAGAGAGAGAGAGAGAACCAGUGAUGAGCGGAGCAGCGUCGUAUCUGGCUAGGAGGGCAGCGCAGAGGGAGAAAGUCAGAAUCCUCUACAGACGUGCCCUGAAAGACACUCUCAAUUGGGCCGUUCACCGCCAUCUCUUUUACCCCGAUGCCGAUGCACUUCGUGAGAGAUUCGAUGCGAACAAGAACGUGGAAGAUAUUGAAACAAUUGAUAGAAUGAUUGCAGAUGGUGAGGCACAGUACAAUAAGUGGCGACACCCUGAUCCUUACAUUGUUCCAUGGGCUCCUGGUGGCAGCAAGUUUACUCGCAACCCUACACCACCUUCUGGGAUUGAGAUUGUGUAUGAUUAUGGUCGAGAGGAUCACAUUUGAAUCUAAUAUGGCUCCAUAGCAAUAAAUCAAGGUGGUUUGAGUAGCAAAUGUUUUGUGUGACUUUUUGUCAUCAAAGACAGACAUAAGACAUUGGUAUGAAUUGUUUUAAUGAAUAUGUGUUUUGAUUGGGGCAUGAAUGUUGAUGAAAACUUUCUCCUUUCAUUUCAUGGCUUUUUGCAAUAUUUCUUUUUUUCUUUUGGGGGAACUUUUAUGGACGACUUUCAUACUUGUCUGUUAUCAUUAUUAUGAAUAAGUUGAUGAUACUGAUUUUUCAAAA